UUAGCGAUGAACCAUUUUUUCACAUCCGGAUCAACCCGACCCAUAUGCUCCCGAAGGACGAACUACCGCUCCUUAGUCGUCACCGCCAGAAGUAGUGGCAUCAGCGGCCAGCAUACCUGACGGACUCUCCGAUAUGACGGCGUCUAAGCAAAUUUUUAAGUUUCCCGUGAAGGCCAGAAGAACCGCCACUCUUCUCCUAGUAACGGCCACUGGCCUCACCUUCAAGGCCAUCAACAACCUCAAUCUUGGAUCAUUUUCAUCUCUCGAUUCUUCUUCCCCUUCACUAUUCCCAGUUCAAUUUCCCGAGAAAACUGGGGCUUCCAUCCACGCCGUUCUUCGUUCCUCUCUCGCAAUCUCCACUAUUGCUUUCACCAUUGCAGACUACAAGUUUUCUUUGCGGGGGUUGCCGUUGGACUCGGAUGAGUAUCGUAGCAAACUGUCCGAGGUUCAUCUACGUUCAGCCAAGAGAAUGCUGAAAUUGUGUGAAACCAAUAAAGCCUUCUAUGUGAAAGCUGGUCAGUUUGUUGCUGCACUACGCCAAGUUCCAAAGGAAUACUCUUCAACCCUAUCUUCAUUACAGGAUCAGGCUGCUCCUUGUCAUUUCAAAGCCAUAAAACAAGUGCUAGUCAACAAUCUGGGUCAGGAUUUGUCCGAGAUAUUUUUGUCAUUUGAUGAACAACCAAUAGCUGCUGCAUCUAUUGCUCAAGUUCAUCAUGCCAUGCUGAAAGACAAUCAAGAAGUAGCAAUUAAGGUACAAUACCCUGGGCUAGAACACCAGAUGAAAAUCGACAUAACAACCAUGUCAUUCAUCUCGAAGUCUGUUGCAUGGUUUUUCCCUGAUUAUAGGUUUGACUGGUUGGUGUCAGAAUUCACAAAGGCUAUUUAUUCAGAACUUGAUUUCAUACAGGAAGCAAGAAAUUCUGAGAGAACUGCCAAAAAUUUUAAAAAUAAGAAGACGGUCAGGGUUCCUCAUGUAUUUUGGGAGUUGACAACAAGUCAAGUUCUGACAAUGCAAUUUUGUCAGGGGCACAAGGUUGAUGACGUGGGAUUUAUGAGGGACAUGGGAAUAAAUGCUACAGAGGUAGCUAAAGUAUUGGUAGAAGUUUUUGCUGAAAUGAUAUUCGUGCAUGGUUUUGUGCAUGGAGAUCCACAUCCUGGUAACAUAUUAGUUUCUCCAGAAGGUCCAAAUGGCUUUUCUUUGGUUCUUCUCGAUCAUGGAAACUACAAGCAGUUGGAUGAAAGAUUUAGGCAGGACUACUGUCAGCUCUGGAAGGCAUUGAUUCUUCAGGACUCAUACCGAAUUCAGCAGCUUGGGGAACGAUUUAAUGUCAGAAAGUACUCCAUAUACUUCCCUGUCAUUUUCACUGGAAGAACUAUUCACAGUAAAUCAGCUCUUGGGAAAGGAAUGUCAACUGAAGAGAGAAGAAUUUUGAAGCAACAGCUGAAGUCCUUAAAUAUGGAGGACAUAUCUUCAUUUAUGGAAUCUCUACCACCUGACUUUCUCGCAAUAUUACGUACAGAUGGGCUUCUGAGGUCAAUCAUUAGCAAGUUGGGUGCCCCACAGCAGGUCAGACUAUUAACUUAUGCCAAAUAUGCAGUAUAUGGUCUUUCUCUGAAGUCAAACCCCGAAUCAGAUUUUGCAAUGAAAGUCAGCUUUUCCAGAUUAAAGACAAAAGUUAAUUACCUUCAGUUAUGGCUUUUUCUUGAGGCACUGAAGGUGCUUUCUUGGAUGGAGAGGGUCAAGCAAUUUCUCUGUACCUUGUGUAGAAACAUUCGGAGUGUCAUAGUGGUGAGCAAGGGCAGUUCGGCCAGAACUGGAUGAGUGCAACUGAACUUGCAUUGUUUCUCUGAUGAACUCGAUUCUUAGUAUGCAACUGGACUAGCACACAUGCUGUUUUUAUUUAUCUGCUGUCGUGCUGGAGAAAUUAUUAGAUGCAGAAGUAUUGUUUUCCCUACCUUUCUUCACAUGACAUAAGGCCCCUACCAUGCGAAAAGUUUAUGGAACUCAUAGCCGCAGCACUAAGGUUUGGGUCUGGCCUGGAGGCAUCUUUUCGAUACUUGCUAUAAGUCCAUUUAGUUGGAUUAUAUUUGACAAUUGCCAUAAAUGGUUCAAGCUAGUAUAAGUUGGUGUAUGACUUUGAUCACCUGACAGUGUAACAAUUUGUUAGUAAUAGUAGCUCACUGCUGCUCUCUGUCUUUACUCCACAUGAUUGUUAGAUUGAAUAAUAGACAACUCGGUCCAGAUCAAGUUUUAUUUUUUUUUUUUUCUUUUUGUAGUCAAAUGUCAGAAAUACCCUUCACC